GACUGGGAGAAGCCGUUUCUCGCCUGGACCGGACGGGGGUGGAGACGGGUGUUUUGGCGACUGUGAGUCAGGCGCGGCUGGGGUUUGGGAUACGGCCAGCCCUUGAGGCAAGCUGGGAAGCCGCCGUUUCCUCCUUUCAUCCGACUUCAAGCGUCGGAGAAGGCCACCUCGCCUAUCGGUAAGGACAAGUUCUAUAACUGAUGGAUGCUGUUUUCUUUGAUGACUUCCCAAGAUUAUUUGAAAGGGACACUUCAGCUGAAUUCCUGUAGCUUUUUGCAACAAGAUGUUUACUACAAAACCUGCAAACUGGGUUACUUUUGAAGAUGACCCUGUUUUCCAGUCUCCUCAGAAGGCAGGGGGACAUCAUGGUGCCUGCAGAACAAACGGGCUUAAUCUCAUGCUGCCUAAAAUACAUGACUCAAGUCAGUCCUCUUCAUCCAAUAACACUCCUCUCUCUUCUCCCGUUGUGGACUGUUGCGUAACUCCAGGACCACCUAGCAACUCUCCACUGUGCACACCUACGAAGGACUAUCCUGUGAGCCCUUGCUUUCCCAAAUCGGGAGUUCACCUUCUAUAUUCUAUUCCAGAGUUGUCAUCCAAUAUUGAUCUCCCAGUAGCUGGGCAAUCCUCUCAAAAACCAACUAGCACGUCUUGGACUGAGCAUUCUUCACUUAUCUCUGCCUCUAAGUUAACAGACAGUGCAAAUGCAGUUCAACAAGAAGUCUCAAAUAAACUGGAAGAUUCUAUUGAACCACAAACAUUCUUCCAAUAUAUUCAGAAUGACUGUGCUUUUUCUAGUCCAUUUUGGUCAGAAGAUCCACCUGCCAUGUCUUCAUCUACAUGUGACAUGCACAAAAAGGACAUAAACCCUGAAAAUAAUAUUUGCUGUCCCAAAGAAAGGGAAGUGUUGUGUGAUCAGAAAAGCCUCAAUCAUGGAUCUUUCCACUAUAUUUGUAAGAGGCUUGAACACUUGCAAACGAAUAAUUCAAAUUGUGAAAGAACAUUGACAGCUAUGCCACAUAUGUGUAGUGGAGAUGACUCCUUUUCAUUCAUUCCACACAGUCUCUUCAGGAGCCAAAGGAAAGAUGGGUGGCCUUUCAUGCUGAGGAUUCCUGAAAAGAAGAAUAUGAUGUCAUCAAGGCAGUGGGGGCCUAUAUAUCUCAGGGUCUUGCCCGGAGGAGUCCUACAAAUGUAUUAUGAGAAGGGACUUGAGAAGCCUUUCAAAGAAUUCCAGCUACAGCCAUUUUGUAAACUUUCAGACCCUAAGUUAGAGAAUUGCAACAUUUCUGGGAAAAUACAUACAGUAAAGAUAGAGCAUGUAUCAUAUAUAGAGAAAAAGAAAUAUCAUCCCAAAGCUGAAGUGGUCCAUGAACCAGAAGUAGAACAGAUGUUGAAGCUGGGGACAACUGAUUAUGAUGAUUUCACUGAUUUCCUGGAAACAGUAGAAGAAGAGUUAAUGAAGCUUCCUGUCCUUUCAAAGCCAAGGAGAUAUUAUGAUGAACAGGAAAUAAUUCUGGAAAUAGUUGACAACUUUUGGGGGAGGAUCACUAGAGCAGAAGGGAAACUAGUUGAAAGUGCUGUUAUAACCCAUAUUUAUUGUUUGAGUUUUGUGAAUGGAAACUUAGAGUGCUUCUUAACCUUGAAUGACUCAGAGCUUCAGAAGAGGGAUGCACGUUACUUUGAGAGGGACACAGAGAAGAAAUGGAUUGCCAUUCUUGACUAUGUUUUCCAUAGAUGUGUAAAACAAGAAGAGUUUGAACAGUCAAGAAUCAUUAAAUUUAUGCCCCCAGAAGGCUGUAGAUUAGAGUUGAUGCGUUUCAAGACACAGUAUAAUGAACCUGUUCUUCCAUUUUCUGUCAAGGCCUUGGUAGUGGUCCAGGGUGCAUAUGUUGAACUUCAGGCUUUCAUAAACAUGUGCUCAUCUUCAAUUCAUUCACAUUCCAUGAAAUACCACUGUGAAAGUAUUAUGGUACACUUCCCUGUUCCUCCGCAAUGGAUCAAAAGUCUUUGGACUAUGAAUCUCCAAAGGCAGAAGUCACUGAAAGCAAAAAUGAACAGAAGAACAUGUCUUGGCUCUCUAACAGAAAUUGAAUCUGACUCUGUCAUACAGGUCUCUGUUGGAACAGCCAAGUAUGAAAGUGCCUAUAGAGCUGUCGUGUGGAAGAUUGACAGACUGCCAGAUAAAAACUCAAGUCCAGAUCAUCCGCACAGUUUGUCAUACAAACUAGAACUUGGAUCUGAUCAGGAAAUCCCUUCAGACUGGUAUCCCUUUGCCAUGGUGCAGUUUGUUGUGCCUGAUGCAUGUGCUUCUGGAACUGAAGUGAAGUCUCUUGGCAUAGAGAGUGACAUUCAACCACAAAAGCAUGUGGUUCAGAAAGCAUGUUACAACUGCCAGGUUGAAAUUGAGAAGAAGUGGAUUAGGCUUGAUGGAGAAGAUCCUGACAAGGCUGGGAGCUGUCAGAUACAGUAGGAGGGUUUGGAGAGAAGAUGAUUCAGAUGCACUGUUAGGGUUGUUAACUAUGUCAGUAUAGAAAAUGCUAAUAUUUCAAGAAAAACUGUUGCUAAUAGAGACUGAAUGUAUUUGGCAGGAUAAUGGAUUUUGGCAGACAAUCUAGAAACCCAAUGGAACACAAUAUGAAUUUUUUAAUACAUCGGCCGUGUAGCUCAUUGUGGUAAAAAAUUGUAUUUCAUUUUUUUGUGCGUAUGUUCAAGAAGGGUACACCACAGAUUUAAAUUAUAAUUUGUUCACAUAAUACUAUAUUCUUCCCCAUGUCAGUAAACACAAGCCCCUAAUAUGCUAAAAAGGCCUGUUCAUUUUUAAUUGCUCAUAAGUUGGAUCAUUUUGUAGCUUUUGGGUGCUUCAAGUAUGUUUUUUCUCCAAAGAAGUGAAUACAUAUGGAAAAUGUUUUACUAUAGUUCAAAAACGAUCUUCCAUUUUUUCAGCAUAGUUUCUCUACCAAAAACUGGCAGGAAUCAAAUUCCUUGCUUGCAUAUCUUUCCUGUGAAAUCUACGUAUCUUGCAUGUCAGUGAAACACUUUUCUCACACAUCCUCCAUCUUAGAACCAUCAUAAAUUGCACAGUGGUUUUGCUGGGUGGCCUUUGAACCAGUACAUGUCAUACAGAAAUGCUCCUUUCUUUGGCCUCUCUUUAAUUUCCAUCCGUAGAUGAAAUUGCUUGUAAGUUCACUAUUCUUGGGCUUCAGGGAGAAAAAAGCAAGCAGCAAAAACUCCUGCUCUGCAAAGAUGAGUCAAAGUUUUCAUUUGGAACAGGAAGGAGUUCUUUUUAAUAUGUUGCAGGAUAUUAUGAGCUAUUUUGGAUCUCCAUCAAGAACAUAUGUUGGAUUUGGAACAAAACUCUGUCCUGAAUCAGUAGUUAGAGAGUAAAGGUUCCGGGGGAGACCCAGAAGAGCGUGCAAUGUGAGAUGUUCCCUGGUGCUGCCAGCUGAGCUAGAAUUUGCUUAAGGGGUGUGCAGCAGAACAUUCCAAAUUCCACAGAUAAAUGCAGCUUGAAAUAUUUUAACAACCAGGAUCUGCUUAAGCUUUUGGAUGUUGAGUUUUAGGCUUUAUCGGUUAGAUUUCUUUUGGAUGGGAGAGGGAUCUCUUUGUCAUGCCUUAUACUGUGUGCUCUGGAAGCUAGCUAAUUGUCUGUCUCUGUUUACCUUGUAUUGAUGUUUUUCUGCUUUAUGGCAACUACUCUAGAUGUUUAUAUUUGUUACAUGUAAGUCUUUUCAGAAUAAAACUAUAAUAGCACACUU